AUGUACCAGGUCAGGGUACUGGUGCUCUGUGGAGCGCAUCCACUGUACACCAACUGGACGGCACCCCGAAGCACGUUUACCUCCCUGUUACCUCGGGCCAAGGACAGACACUGGAGCCUGCUGCUCCAUCAGGGGCUUCCUCUGAACAACAUGGCCAUCUUUGCCAAGGCCCCUACCACCUGUGUUUCCUUCCUCCUUCCAGGACCUGUCAUCAUCCAAACUGAUGAGGCAAGCUCUGAAGUCCUGUAUCCCAACUACCAGAACUGCUGGAGCCUGAGAGAGAAGACCAGAGGCCGGAAGAAGGCUGCCAUUUUGCAGCCAGGGAUCUCCAAGGAUUUGGAAAAGGUGAAGGCAGGUGUGGGCAUCAACAGUAGUGACGAAGUGGACUUCUUCGUUCUCCUGGACAAUGUGGCUGCUGAGCAGGUGCACAGCCUCCUGAGCUGCCCGGCGCUGAAGAGGUUUGCCCAGAUGAUUGAGCAGAGAGCUGUGGACACAGCCUUGUACAUGCUGCAGGAGGAAGACAGGGAAGGUAUCCAGAUGGCAGUGGGCCCGUUCCUACACCUCCUGGAGGGAAACCUGCUCAAAGCUGCGGACCCCACGACCCCAUCAGGCAAGACCAGGAAGCUGUACCUAUAUGCAACACAUGAUGUAACCCUCAUGCCUAUCCUAAUGGCCUUGGGGAUUUUUGACCACAAAUGGCCUCCGUUUGCUGCUGACCUGACAAUGGAGCUCUACCAGCAUCAAGAAUCUAAGGAGUGGUUUGUGCAGCUCUAUUACCAUGGGGAGGAGCAAGUGCCAAGAGGCUGCCCAGACAAGCUCUGUCCACUGGACAAGUUCUUGAACACCAUGUCACUUUAUGCUGUGAGCCCAGAGAAAUACCACAUGCUCUGCUCCCAAGCACAAACAAUGGAACUCGGAGAGUGACUCAUUUAUGCAGACAAGUUGAUGUUUAAAUGAAGUGCCUUUAUAUAAAAGAGUGUCAUGUUGAGAUCAGA